CACUUGGUGAAUACUCUGCAAACAAUUUAACCAACUUUUUUGGUCCCAAGUGCAGGUUUGUUAUGUACCUAUUUUUAGAAAUCCUACUAAAUUUGCUUCGUUGAACUUCAUAAUUUAAUUUACUUGUGAUAGUAAUAAGUGAACAGCUAUAAUGAGAUUACAUCCAUUUAUAAGAAACUUUUUCUUCACCAAACAAAGUAAACCAAAUUUUGGCAACUAUGCCCUGGUACACCCAGGAAAAGUAUCUUCCAGAAAAACCGUUCCAGAUCACAUACCAAAACCUAGCUAUCAUCUCGAUGGAGAACCAAAGGAAACUAUCGCAUAUCCGGAAGUUAAAAAUGCUGAACAAAUACAGAGAAUGAGAGAAUCAUGUAAAUUAGCAGCUACAGUUUUGAAGACAAUUGGAGAAUCAAUCAGUGUAGGUCAAACAACAGAUGAAAUAGACACUCUAGUCCAUAACUUGUGCAUAAAACACCAAGCGUAUCCGUCUCCAUUAAAUUACAAACACUUUCCCAAAUCAGUGUGUACUUCUGUGAAUAAUGUGACUUGCCAUGGAAUACCUGACGAUCGACCUUUAGAAGACGGCGAUAUUAUAAAUGUUGACAUAACGGUAUUCUACAACGGUUAUCAUGGAGAUUGUUCAAAAACCUUCCUAAUAGGCAAUGUAGAUGAUGAAGGCAAACGCCUUGUAGAAGCUACAGAACACUGUUUAGAUGAAGCUAUUAAAAUAUGCAAACCUGGAACCUACUUCCGUGAUAUUGGAUACUUUAUUGAGAAAAAAGCUGCAGAAAUGAGAUAUAACAUAGUACCGGCGUUUGUGGGACAUGGAAUCGGACAUUAUUUUCAUGGACCACCAGAUAUUUAUCAUAUAAGAAAUGCCUAUCCAGGAAAAAUGGAACCAGGCAUGACAUUUACAAUUGAACCAAUUUUAACUCAAGGCGAAGAACUUAUAGAGAUUCUAGAAGAUGAUUGGACUGCUGUGACUGUAGACGAAGCCAGGACUGCACAAUUUGAACAUACCAUAUUGAUAACACAAUCGGGAGCUGAUAUUUUAACUUUGCCCUAAUCUAGGCAAGUAGGUAUAUUUAAUUUAUUUAUUUACAUUAUAUUUUUUUGUUUGUUUUUGGCUAAGUUAACUAUAUUAAUAAAUUCAUUCAAACAUAA